UUUUUUAUUUAUCUUAUUUCUCUCCCCCUCUCUCUCUCAGCUUCAGUGUGUUUUUAUUAUUAUUCAAUUCCCUCUACGUUGAAAUUUAUAUAUACCCUGUAGAUAUACAGACAUAUACACAUGUAAGUGCAAGUAUGUGUGUGUAUAUAUGGUGUUUCUCGUGAUCUGUGCAUGAUAUUAUUGGAGGGUUUUGGUACUUUUACUUCAAUUAUUCAUCACACCUCGAGUCCCAGCGUCAGUUUUCUCGAUUUUCCAUCAUUUUCUUGAUUUGGGUGUUUUUCAUUUUUCAUUUUUAUAUUGAGAAAAUUGGUGGGUCAGAGCUUUUGGGUUGUUUUGGUGGCAAGAAAGGGGGUUUAAUCUUGAAUGUUGUUGGUUAGCUCAUUUGGGUCAUUGAUUUUUGGUGAUUAGAUGAAGAAAGUAUGAAGCUUUUUUCAGGUUUAUGUAGGAAUUGGAGUGAUUGCAGGUUUGAAAGUGGCUUUGGUUGUGCUUUUGAGGAAGAUAAAGCUUCUUAGUAAAGGUAUUUUGGAGCUCAAAUAAGAUUAAAUAUUUGAAAAAAUGUUGAAGAAAUUGUGACUAGAAUGGAUCCUCAGGCAUUUAUAAGGUUGUCAAUUGGUUCACUGGGGUUAAGAUUUCCCGCGGCAACUGUAAAUAAUAGAAAAUCAGGAUUGCCGUAUUCGUGUGAGAUCCGGCUGAGAGGUUUCCCUGUGCAAACAGUACCAAUCCCCUUUGUAUCUUCUCCUGAAGCUGCACCAGAUUCUCCUAGCAUUGCCUCUAGCUUUUAUCUAGAGAAAGCUGAUUUGAAAGCCUUGCUGACACCUGGAUGCUUCUAUGCUCCUCAUGCAUGUUUGGAAAUAGUCGUUUUUACUGUGCAGAAGGGGUCCAAUUGUGGUGUAGGCUCCAAAAAGCAGAUAGGAACCUUUAAGCUAGAGGUUACUCCUGAAUGGGGAGAAGGAAAGCCUGCAAUUCUUUUCAGUGGUUGGACAAGAAUUGGCAAAAGUAAGCAGGACAGCAGAAAACCUGGAGCAGAGCUUCAUUUGAGAGUUAAAUUGGAUCCAGAUCCGAGAUACGUCUUCCAAUUUGAGGAAGAGACGAAACUGAGCCCCCAAAUAGUUCAGCUUCAAGGCAAUAUCAGACAGCCAAUUUUCAGUUGCAAGUUUACUCGAGACAGGCAAUCUCAGGUAGAUCCAUUAAGUGCCUAUGGGUCAAGUUCUCUCGAUGGUUCCAACCAAGAAGCUGAUAAAAGAGAAAGAAAGGGAUGGAAGGUGAAGAUACAUGAUCUCUCUGGAUCUGCUGUUGCAGCAGCCUUUAUAACAACUCCCUUUGUGCCCUCAACAGGUUGUGAUUGGGUUGCCAGAUCCAACCCAGGAGCUUGGUUGAUUGUUCGACCUGAUGCUUGCAGACCUGACAGUUGGCUCCCAUGGGGUAAGCUUGAAGCAUGGCGUGAACGUGGUAUCCGAGACACCAUUUGCUGCCGUUUUCACCUGCUCUCCGAAGGCCAAGAAGGGGGAGAACUUCUUAUGUCUGAAAUCCUCAUCAAUGCUGAAAAGGGUGGGGAAUUUUACAUCGACACAGACAGACAGGUUCGUGCUGCAGCUACUCCCUUACCAAGCCCGCAAAGCAGUGGUGACUUUGCAGCACUAAGUCCUGCCAUAGGAGGCUUUGUCAUGAGCUGCAGAGUACAGGGGGAAGGCAAGAGCAGCAAGCCAUUAGUGCAGUUAGCCAUGCGACAUGUUACAUGCGUCGAGGAUGCUGCCAUUUUCAUGGCUCUCGCUGCUGCUGUUGACCUCAGCAUUGAGGCAUGUCGACCGUUUCGCAGGAGAAUACGGAGAAUUAACCGCAACUCCUGGUAAAAGAAACAUUAGGUUAUAAGAUUAUUCGCUCGAUUAAAAGUAUAACCUACUCCUUUCCUUUUCUUGACUGUUGUAACAUUUGACGUGUACAGGAUCAUAGUUAUUUUACAUGA